AUGGCAAAAGUUGUGGAAGAUCAUCGCAGACUUCAAGACAAUCUUGGAUACGAAGACUUCCUUGAAGACGAAGACUAUCUUAAGGAUGGAGACAAUCUUGAAGAUGAAGUCUAUCUUGGAUACGAAGACUUCCUUGAAGAUGAAGACUAUCUUGAAGAUGAAGACAAUCUUGAAAACGAUCUUGAAGACGAAGACAAUCUUGAAGACGAAGUCUAUCUUGGAUACGAAGACUUCCUUGAAGACGAAGACUAUCUUAAGGAUGGAGACAAUCUUGAAGAUGAAGACUGCUUUAAUGGAGCAACUGUUGAUGCAACAAUCUAA